AUGCCUUACACACCUCCUGGACCUCCUCAGACCAUCUGUGUCACAGAUGGUGACCCAAGGAGGUAUGAUCCAGAUUUCCAGGGACCUACAGCUAAAAGGAGUUGUACGGACGUUCUAUGCUGUAUGAUCUUCCUACUGUUUAUUUUGGGCUACGUUCUGUUAGGACUCUUGGAGCUGACUGGAGAAGGUAGAAGUCGCUCAGUAAACAUGGCAAAAGCUCAGCGCCUGAAGGUGGAGAAAAUCUGUGUCUCCAGGUGCCCAGAGAGAUUCCUCACCUACUUGGAUAUGCAAUUUCUGAACCAUAAAGACAAAAACUACUGGGAAUACUAUCGCCAGUUCUGCAGGGCCAAGGCCAGGCCUAUGGAGACUAUUGCAGAUCUUCUGUCCAGUGGUGACUGCCCCCUAGCAGUAUACCCAAGCAGACCUUUUCUGCAGAGAUGUGUACCUGACCUUUCAGCCAUCAAUGGGACCUCGACUUUAGGAAGUAGGGUCCACUUUGAAGAUGGAAGUGGCCAGACCAGGAAUAUCGUAGAACUCAGGGAGGCCGCGAAUGGCAUUAGUGAUAUGAUCGAUGCCAGGACGUUUGGUCUGAAGGUGCUUGAAGACUAUUCGACCUCGUGGAAAUGGAUUCUCAUUGGCCUGACUGUUGCCAUGGCACUGAGUUGGACGUUUUUGAUACUCCUGAGGUUCACAGCUGGAUUCCUCUUCUGGUUCUUCAUAUUUGGUGUUCUUGGAAUUAUAGGAUAUGGAAUAUGGUACUGUUUUCUGGAGUACAACAGCGUUCAGCGGAAACCACAGUCCGCGUUCUGGAUGUACGGCAUCGGGAUUCAGACAAGAUUAAACAUGUUCUUUCACUUGAAGGAGACCUGGUUUUCAAUGAUGAUCAUCUUGUCCGUCAUUGAAGUCAUCCUCAUCCUUGUGCUGAUCUUCCUCAGGACUCGGAUCCGAGUGGCCAUCAUCCUGCUGAAGGAAGGAAGCAAAGCCAUUGGGCACCUUCCCAGCGCGUUAGUCUACCCAGUUUUAACCUUCAUCUUGCUAUCAAUCUGCAUUUCCUACUGGGCUGUGACAGCCGUUUUCUUGGCUACAUCAGGGGUACCAGUAUUCAAAGUUAUGGUCCCAGAGGGGGAAUGUAUACAUGAAGAUGAAACUUGUGACCCAGAGAUUUUUCCUAAAACUAACAUUCCCAAAGUCUGCCCUGGCGCAUCGUGUAACUUUGCUUUCUACGGUGGAAGGAGCAUGUACCACAAUUACAUCUUGACCUUCCAGAUCUACAACCUCUUCGGUUUCCUUUGGCUCAUAAACUUUGUAAUCGCGUUGGGUCAGUGUGCCCUUGCUGGCGCCUUUGCUUCCUAUUACUGGGCCAUGAGAAAACCCGAGGACAUCCCGCGGUACCCGCUCUUCACUGCGUUCGGGAGAGCAGUACGAUACCACACGGGGUCUCUGGCCUUUGGAUCUUUGAUCCUUGCAUCCGUUCAGAUGUUUAAAGUGAUCGUAGAAUACCUGGACAGGCGACUUAAAAAGGCUCAGAACAGUGCUGCCCAGUUCCUGCACUGCUGCCUACGGUGCUGUUUCUGGUGUUUGGAAAAGAUGGUGAAGUUUUUAAACAGAAAUGCCUACAUCAUGAUUGCAUUAUAUGGCAAAAACUUCUGUGAGUCAACAAGAGAUGCCUUCUAUCUGCUCAUGAGGAACAUUGUGAAAGUCACAGUUACAGAUGAAGUCACAUAUUUUGUAUUACUCCUGGGAAAAGUCCUAGUUUCUGGGAUUGUAGGUGUCUUGGCCUUCCUACUCUUCACAGAAAGACUACAAUUAAUUGUAGAGGGACCAACGACUUUAAAUUACUACUGGGUCCCCUUCGUGACUCUUGUAUUUGGAGCUUACAUGAUUGCUCAUGGAUUCUUCAGCGUCUAUUCAAUGUGUGUCGAAACCAUUUUCAUCUGCUUCUUGGAAGACCUAGAAAGAAACGAAGGCUCUCUUUCAAGACCCUAUUUCGUGACUCCGAGUCUAAUGAACAUUUUGGUGGAGCAGGGCAAGAUCAAGAAGCAGUAG